AGAUGCUGCAUCCUGCAGGCCGCUGUGUUCGUGUCUCUGCUCUGUCCUUACACGGCCUUGUCUGGGUGUCAGCUCUCUUCUGCCUCUGUCUUACAAGGAUGCGUGCGGUGGCACUCAGCACUCACCCGCAUAAACCAGCAUCAUCUCAUCAUCCCAGGACCCUAACUCAGUCACGGCCGCAAAGACUUCGCAUUUCAGGCCCUGGGGAUCAGGAGGGCACACCUUUGGGGGCCUGCCGCAGAAGGGUGGGCAGCUCUGAGCCUCCUUCAACGCCCAGGGUCUGGAGUUCGGGCCUCCUUGCCGUCAGGGCUGGCGAGUCCAGACCUUUGUGGAGGCAGGUGUGUGCCUGGUCACACUUCAGGCAUCUCGGGAGGGUGGCCGGGCUGGCAGUCACACACGGAUGUCCCCUCUGUCUACUGAGCCCCGUCACUCCUGCAGCAAAGCCUAUGGAGCCCCUAAAGGGUGCUUCCUGUGUUGGGGGGCUGUUCAAGGUGCUCCCCCUUGGGUCUCGUUCUCUGGCUGGGGAGACGGCACCACGAACAUCCUUGGGCCAACGCAACUGUGUUCACUGGGGGUUGGCACGAGCUGGGCCUGGGAUUUACUUGGGGCAGUUUAUUACGCAGCAGCGGGAGACUGAUACACCGGGCAGAGGGUGAAGGCUGGGAGCAAUAUCGUCUCCCAGGGUGACCACUGACCCUGGUCCUGAAGGUCUUACAUGUUUCAGCCAAGGGUGCUUCUCGAGGGGGGACCCUGCUGUUCUCGCCUCUGUGUCCAGGUGUUCGACAGCCAGGCACGUGGGAGACGCCCAACAGAACCUCAGUGAGGGGUGCAUAUGCCCGGAGAAGUUUAGCCGACUUGCCCAAGGUCACGGAGCUUGCAGGGAACAGGGUGGGACAAAAAGCCAGGGCCCCAGUGCAAAGGUUCUUCUGGGAGCCUUUGCUGAGGAGUUGUUUGUUUCCAGGAAACACUUGUGACUUCUUAGGGUUUUCUCAGAACACACACCAUUUCUGCCCAGUGCCUCCUUAGAUGCAGGUUUCUGGACAUGGAGGCUGCAGGCAGAGGGCCUGGGCUGGACCCUGAAGGUGUCACACAGUCCAGUGCUCGUCCCUGGGAGGGGCCUGGCCGCGGUUCUGAGGACGCUGCCCAUGCUCCACGAUGAGGGCCACGCCCGGGCCUGUGGGCUCCCCGAGGACACCUUAGUGCUGCCGCCCGCCAGCCCCGCCUGCCCCGACCAGAGGGUCAUGUACACGGUGCUGGAGUGCCAGCCUCUCUUCGACUCCAGUGACAUGACCAUCACCGAGUGGGUUCAGAUCGCCCAGACCAUCGAGAGACACUACGGGCAGUACCACGCCUUUGUGGUCAUCCAUGGCACCGACACCAUGGCCUUCGCCGCCUCCGUGCUCUCCUUCAUGCUGGAAAACCUGCAGAAGACUGUCAUCCUCACUGGUGCCCAGGUGCCCAUCCAUGCCCUGUGGAACGACGGCCGGGAGAACCUGCUGGGUGCCCUGCUGCUGGCUGGCCAGUACGUGAUCCCCGAGGUCUGCCUGUUCUUCCAGAACCAGCUGUUCCGGGGCAACCGGGCGACCAAGGUGGACACGCGCAGGUUCGCGGCCUUCUGUUCCCCCCACCUGCCGCCUCUGGCCACCGUGGGCGCUGACGUCACGAUCAACCGGGAGCUGGUGCGGAGGGUCCGUGGGCAGGGCCGGCUGGUGGUGCACAGCAGCAUGGAGCGCGACGUGGGCCUGCUGCGCCUCUACCCUGGGAUCCCCGCCUCCCUGGUCCGGGUCUUCCUGCAGCCCCCUCUAAAGGGCGUGGUCAUGGAAACCUUUGGCUCGGGAAACGGGCCCACCAAGCCCGACCUGCUUCAGGAGCUGCGGGCGGCAGCUGAGCGAGGCCUGAUCAUCGUCAACUGUACCCACUGCCUUCAGGGCGCCGUCACCUCGGACUAUGGCGCUGGCACGGCCCUGGUGGGAGCCGGCACCGUCUCAGGCUCCGACAUGACAUCGGAGGCGGCCCUGGCCAAGCUGUCGUAUGUGCUUGGCCUGCCGGGGCUGAGCCUGGAUGGCAGGAAGGAGCUGCUGGCCAGGGACCUGCGCGGGGAGAUGACGCCGCCUGCUGUGGACGAGCUCCGGCCCUCUCUGCGGGGCAGCACGCUGGGCCGCGGGGUCGCCCAGCUCCUCGGUCUGAGCCAGGAGGCUGACGACGUGCGGGAUGCCCUGGCACCCAGCCUGGCCUGUGCCGCGGCCCACGCCGGCGACCUGGAGGCCCUGCAGGCGCUUGCAGAGCUGGGCAGUGACCUGAGCCUGGAGGACUUUGGUGGUCAAACUCCGCUGCACUCGGCCGCCCGAGGGGGCCAGGCUGGGGUGGUCACCAUGCUGCUGCAGAGAGGGCUGGACGUGAACGCACGGGACAAGGAUGGCCUCAGCCCGCUGCUGCUGGCCGUGAGGGGCAGGCAUCAGGGUGUCAUUGGGCUGCUGCGGGCAGCUGGGGCCUGCCUGUCCCCCCAGGAGCUGGAGGACUCGGGGACAGAGCUAUGCAGGCUGGCAUCCAGGGCAGACUGUGAAGGCCUGCGGGCAUGGUGGCAGGCGGGGGCCGACCUGAAGCAGCCGGGCUAUGAUGGGCGCAGCGCCCUGCAUGUUGCAGAGGCAGCUGGGAACCUGGAAGUGGUGGCCCUUCUGCAGAGCCUUCAGGGUGGGGUUGGUGACCAGGCCCUGGGCCCAUACCUGGGCCUCCACUCCUCCUCUAGAGACCUCCCAUUGUCAGGAAGUGCUGCCUGGUGUCUAACCUGAGGCUGUCCUGCUGCAGCGUAAGCCAUUCCUUCCUGUUGAGGCCUGCUGGAAGGAUGGCAGCAGACCCACCCCCGCAGCUCUGACUGUGCUGUG